GAGUGUGAUUGCUUCUGAAGAAGAUGAACUGAGCAAAUGGAUUCGUGAGAUUUGGUUCCAGAUUCUGCGGCGUUGGAUCCCGAAGCUAGUGACUCUUCCCACUUCGGGGCUUCGUUGGAAGAAGCAUAAAGUGUUGGAAGAAGCUGAGAUAUUGAGGUGGACGAUAAUGGCGACCACUGAGCAGAUCAGCCUUCUUCCUCUUCGGGAACGGAGGAAGAAGUGGGUCGGGUGCUUUAGAGCAUUGUCUUGUUUCGGUGCGAGAAAAGGAGAGAGGCGUAUUGUCCCGGCUGCCCGAAUUCCUGAUGGGAAUUCUGCAACAACUCAAUCAAAUGGACCUCAGGCUUCUGGAUUGAGCAAUCAAGCUACAUCUAUUCUGGCUCCACCCUCUUCCCCUGCCUCUUUCUCACAUUCUGCUGUCCCUUCAACGGUGCAAUCACCGAAUAACAUGCUGUCUUUAUCUGCUAACUCACUAGGUGGUCCGGUUUCCACAAUGUUUGCAACCGGCCCAUAUGCCCAUGAGAGCCAGUUGGUUUCACCUCCGGUUUUUUCAACUUUCACGACGGAGCCAUCUACUGCCCCUUUGACUCCCCCUCCUGAAUUAGCACACCUCACCACUCCCUCUUCUCCCGAUGUACCUUACGCCCGGUUCUUGACCUCUGCUUCUGAGCUUAAAAAUGCUGAGAAGACAAAUUACGUUUCUGUGAAUGACCUUCAGGCAACAUACUCACUGUAUCCUGGCUGUCCUGCAAGCAAUCUUAGGUCCCCAAUCUCGAAAACGGGCGGCUGUUUGUCCUCGUCCUUUCCUGACCGUGAGUUCCCGAGUCAAUGGGAUCCUUUGGCAUCCCCACGGACUGGUAAAUGCUCGAGGAGUGACUCUAGCAAUGCACAAACACCUGACACAAGCGGUACUCCAAAGGCUUCCGAGGGUCCAAACUUCUUUUGUCCUGCUACAUUUGCUAGAUACUACCUUGAUCACGAUGACCUGUUUUCUCAUACGGGCGGAAGACUUAGUGUUUCCAAAGAUUCGGAUGGAAACGAGCAGCAGCAUAGGCUAGCAAGAAACUUUUCCAAGCAAGAUAUGGAAGAACUAGAAGCAUACAGAGCUUCCUUUGGUUUCAGUGCAGAUGAAAUCAUUACUAAAAGCCAAUAUGUGGAGAUCACAGAUGUGAAUGAUGAUGACUCAUUCACCAUUAGACCGUUGACCUCGGAGGCACCUACAACACUCCGUGCCAGUGAGACUGCGUCACAAUGCGAAGAGCCAAAAUCAUAUGGACUGGAAACAACCUUGGCCCGGGGAGAAAGUGGUGGACCUGAUCCGGAGGAUAUAAGUCAUGACACACAAGAGCCUUUCGGCUCGUUCAAAGCAGAUCAGACGCCGUGGAGUGACCACGGAUCAAGCACACCGGGAAACGAGAAUGGUAUAUUCACAGAGUUAGGAUCGUCAAGAAAAAGCCGAAAAUACCGUGUGGGUGUUUGCAGUUCGGAUGCAGAAAUCGAUUAUAGAAGAGGUAGAAGGAUGAGCUUAAGAGAAGGCAAAGGAGACUUUGCCUGGCACGACUGAUUUAAAAACAAAACAAAAAAAACAAAACACUCAAUAUUGAAUCUAAGACAUAGGUUUCUCUUCUACUUCUACAUUAGUGAAAGCUUUUUGUUACUCGGUGUUCAGGUGAAUGUUAUAUGUUUUUAUAUAUAUAUAUUGUUGUGGAUCA